AUGGCCGAUGCUACCUCGGGCGUUACGGCCGACUCGCUGAAGAGCAAAUUGAUCGAUCAGUUGCAGGCGCAGCAUGUUGAGAUUGAAGACUUGUCGGGUGGUUGCGGACAGGCUUUCCAGGCCGUCAUCGUCUCCCCCCAGUUCGAGAAGAAGACCAUGCUUGCUCGCCAUCGCCUGGUAAACUCGGCUCUGAAGGCUGAGAUCGCUGCGAUUCACGCCUGGACGCCCAAGUGCUACACCCCCGAGCAGUGGCAGGCCCUGCACCAGGGCUAA